AUGUCGUCCAACCUAUGGCCAACAACAGGUCCAAAACGACAAAGAAUAAUGAUUAUUACUGCCGAUGAAAGUAUCAUUGAUCAAAUUGAAAAAAGCAACAAUGUAUCUUUAUUAAAACAAAUUGUUCUACCGUCCGAAGAUAACAAUAGUGAAACAGUUGAUAAACAGAGCAAGUUACAACCAUUACAUAAGAACAAUAAAUCUAAGGAUGGUUCUUUAAUUUGUGUCGUUUGUGGAUCAUCAGCAAAUGGAUACAAUUUUGGUGCAAUUACAUGUGAAAGUUGUAAGGCUUUCUUUCGUCGUCAUGCUCGAAAAGAUCCUAUUGCUUUUCAUUGUGAUGACAAAGGUGAUUGUAAAAUAACAUUUGCAACACGUCGUAAUUGUUCGGCUUGCCGUUUAGCCAAGUGUUUUAAUAGUGGAAUGCAGUGUGAUCGACUUAUGACGGAUGAACAAAAAGCAGCAAAACGUCGUCAAAUAGAGGAAAAUAGAAAAUUAGCAUUGAAUUCAAAUUCUAAAACAAAUGAAGAAGAAUUUCAAUUGUCAUCAUCCACAUUUUCGGACGAUUUAAUUACACCGAUAGACACAAAUAUUCUUCUCACAGAUUUUACUUAUCUUCUAUCACCUCAGCCACAACAGACAUUACUCAGUCCAGAAGAUUUACAACGUGUAGAAACUAUAUCACAUUUUUAUCAAAACCGUAUUGAAUUUGCGGCUCGUGAUGGUCUUCCAUGGGAUCCAUCAAUGCAUACAAGAACUUUUUUACAAGUUGUCAAUAGUCAUUCAAUAUCAGUCAUGCGACUUUUAUCAUUUUUCAAACAAGUACCUGAAUUUAGUCAAUUAAACGUUGAUGAUAAAGUUACUUUAAUUAAAUAUAAUCUUCUAACAGUUCUUGGUAUAAACUGUGCACUUUCAUAUAAUAUAGAAACUGGUGAAAUCAUUGAAAGUGACUCUGACGUACCAUCGAAUACACAAUUCUUUCGAGUACUUCAUGGUUAUAAUGUUUGUAGGCAAGCAGGCAAGAUCUUUGCUUCAUUUUUACAUAUAGCAAAAUAUGAUCGAAAAAUCAUUGAAUUAACAAUUAUUAUACUUAUUCUUACAAAAGGUUUUUCAAUAAUUAGUGAUCAUGACGAACCAAUACUCAAUAAUAAAAUGUCUGUAUAUUGCGCACAAAAUUAUUACACAGAACUAUUGUGGAAAUACAUGGAAACAAUGCAUGGAUAUGAAAAAACAAUUAAGUUAUUUAGUGAACUCAUUGUUCAUGUCAUCUCAUGGCAAACAAUUCACGAAGAAAUGCGAAAUAAUAUACUGCGAACAUUAUCACCAGAAGAUAUUAAUGAAUUAGUGCCAAUUAUGAAAUCAAUAUUACGCAUUUCAUAA